GGCAAAAAAUUGACGAACCACGUAAAUCUUCUCUUGUCUUGUGAAAUUUAUUGUUUUUCUCUUUCAAAUAUUAUUCCCUUCUAUUAGCCUGACACGCUUCCCAACAGAUUACUGUUUUAAUUAUUUUGUCAAAUUUUUUUGUCAAAAAAAGAAAAAGAGAAGGGGACAAUGGAGGACUGGGAUCAGGAGACUUUGGAGAAGGUUGUGGCAUCAAAAAUGUUGUGACAAACCUGCUGACAUAGUAUGUAAAUACUUUUUGGAAGCUGUGGAAAAGAAGCAAUAUGGUUGGUUUUGGGUCUGUCCAAAUGGUGGUAAAGAUUGCCACUAUAGGCAUGCUAGCUCUUCCUCCUGGAUAUAUUCUAAAAUCACAGAUGAAGGCUCUCCUAGAAGAAGAGGAAACUGAAAAAAUGCCUGUUGAGGAAGAGAUUGAAGAUCAGCGUGCGAAAUUAACUUCUUCAACUCCUUUGACCCCUGAGUUGUUCAUGAAAUGGAAAAAGAAGAAGAUGGAAGAACGAGAAGCCAAUUUGGCUAAACUGAGGGCAGAUAGAGCCAAAAAUGAUCGCAUGAGGUAUUAUAUGUUGCACUCGUCAUUCUAGUUGACUUUGAGCUUAUCAUAUGUGCAUGAUUAGCAUUCCAAUACGGAUACAUUUAGGGAUCGUUUGGUUGGAAGACAAGUUAUGCUAGGAUUAGUUA